UUCGUAGCGUUCACAUCACGCCUGUCAUAAAAAACAAAGUCAUUGAAACUUGACUCUGAUAACAAGUAAAAGCGACACAAGUGUUUAGGAAAGCUACGCAAAGAUAAGCAUAGAAUUGUUUAACUAACAAAGAAUAAUAUGUCAGCUAAUGGAAAUGGACACGUUGGGGGUGCGGAGCAUGUUGAAGUACAAAAGCUAACUUCCAAGGCUAAAAUUUAUACACGUCUGCAGGAGCUGGGUACAUUCUAUAAAAAGCAAUUCGGCGAAGAGCCCGAAUUCUAUGUGCGGGUGCCUGGCCGUGUGAACAUUAUUGGCGAACAUGUGGACUAUUGUGGAUACCCCGUGCUGCCCAUGGCCAUUGAUCAGAGCAUUAUCUUGGCUAUCGGUCGCACGCCGAAGGAUUCAAAACUGCAAUUACGAAAUCUGGACGAAGGCAAAUUCAGCGACUUUAGUUGUGAUCUGAAGUCGGUAAACAUUGUGCUACCCAAAACUGGUGGUCCGGCCUGGUACAAUUAUUAUCUUUGUGGCGUGAAGGGUAUUCAGGAAGCACUAGGCGGCAAAUGGCGUCCCUUGGGCAUGAAAGUCGCUCUUAGCGGUAAUGUGCCCCCAGCAUCGGGUUUGUCCAGUUCCAGUGCUUUGGUCAGCGCUGCUGUCUUGGCGACGGCCCAUGUGCAGAACAUGCCGCUGGACCGCAAGGAGCUGGCUUCUAUAUCGGCAAGCUGCGAGUGCUACAUUGGCACCCAAAGUGGUGGCAUGGAUCAGGCUAUAGCCUAUUUAGGAAAAGCAGGAUGUGCCCAGCAUAUUGAGUUUCAUCCGAAGCUAAAGGGAACACCAAUUGUCCUACCCGUUGGCAAAUGCUUUGUGGUGGCCAACAGUCUGGCUGAGAAGAAUAAGGCUGCAUCCUCGGACUACAACGAACGUGUGGUUGAAUGUCGUUUGGCCACACGUUGGCUGGCCAAGCACAAGAAAUUGCCUAACUGGCGCCAAGUCAUCAGAUUCAUUGAUCUUGAAGAUGCCUGUGACCUCGAUAAUGCGUCCUACGAGAAAUUGGUCGAGCAAGUGCUAAUAAAACCAGUCUACACACGUGCUGACAUAUGCAAGGAACUGGGAAUUACGGAGCAAGAAUUAGAGACCCAAUUUCUAACGCCGAACACGCAGCAUAUGCAAGAAUUCAAGUUGCGACAGCGAGCUGCUCACGUUAUACAGGAAACUGGCCGUGUGACCAAAUUUCGUGAUAUAUGUGAGAAAUUGGCGGGCCGUGCCAAUGAACAGGACACUCUUAAGCUUGGCCAGCUAAUGCGCGAGUCGCAUCACAGUCUACGGGAGCUCUACGAAUGCUCACAUCCCGAUGUGGAACGUUUAAUAGACAUAUCCGCAAAAUGUGGCGUAAGUGCACGCAUUACAGGAGCCGGUUGGGGUGGUUGUAUUGUGGCGAUGUGUGAUUCAAUUGAUGCAGCUGCUGAAUAUAUUAAUGUGCUGAAACGUGAAUAUUUUGCUCAUUUACCUACCCACAUACUGGAACGUUAUCAGGCAAAUGAUUUUAAUGACGCAGUUUUCGCCACAUUUCCUGGUAAUGGCGCCGAGUUGUAUGUGCAAUAAUUGGAUACAGAUGUUUAUACUUUAUAUAUACACAUACAUAUUCAAGUAGUAGUAGUAGUACUUCCAAGUUUUGAUAACCAUAUAUGAUAUAUAACUUUAUAUCUUUACAAAA